ACGGGACUUCCGGCGGUGGGUUCUAAGCGUGCCGGCCCCCGAGUGCGAGCUCUGUCUCUGUCCCGUCCACACACCCCGCACUCACCGGCUCUGGGCUGGAGCCACGGCCCUGGGCCGGAGGCGGCGCCCUCGCCGCCUGGCCUGCCGGCCUGCCUCCGACCCGGGGAGCACCCGGGCGCUGCACCGGGGGCGCGGGGACUCCGUCGCCCCGGGCUGCUCUCCGCCGCCCACCCGACGCAGCGAGGGCGUUCUCGCUUCGGCUACAUCCCUUCAAAGCCCCACCGGUCUCCCGCCUCCUGGGUGUCGCCAAAGCUCCUCCAGACUCCCAGGUGGGCGCGGAAGACGCUGAGGCACGCGUGGCGCCCGCCUGAGGGGUACCCCUGCCACGGAGUCCUGUCCCCGUGUCUGUUUUGGGGUGAGCCUGGCGGCAGUCUCGACCAUUCAGACCCGAAGCCAGCUCCCUCGUUACCAUCCUUCCUGGGGGGCCGCCAGGAAGUUUGGACCCAGCUGUCCGCUUCUCCACCUUGCGGUGCCGCGGCCCUGGCAGCGGAGACAGGCUAGAAACGCUCCUCAGUUUCCAGAAGAGUGGAAGCGCCUUCUCUGGACCGAGGUGGGGGCCCAGCCCUGUCCCGGGGGCUCCAGCCUCGGCUGAAUGGCCGCACCUCCGCUGGGCCGUCUGGUGUUGACCCACCUGUUGGUAGCCCUCUUCGGCAUGGGCUCCUGGGCUGCCGUCAACGGGGUCUGGGUGGAGCUGCCGGUGGUGGUAAAAGACCUCCCUGAGGGUUGGAGCCUGCCCUCCUACCUCUCUGUGCUCGUGGCGCUGGGGAACCUGGGCCUGCUGGCGGUGACCCUGUGGAGACGGCUGGCCCCAGGCAAGGGCGAGCAGGCCCCCAUCCAGGUGGUGCAGGUGUUGAGUGUGGUGGGCACCGCGCUGCUAGCGCCUCUGUGGCAGCAGGUGGCACCGGUGGCGGGGCAAGACCACUCGGUGGCCUUCCUGACACUGACCUUUCUGCUGGCACUGGCCUGCUGUGCCUCGAACGUCACUUUCCUGCCCUUCCUGAGCCACCUGCCGCCCCCUUUCCUGCGGUCCUUCUUUCUGGGUCAGGGCCUGAGCGCCCUGCUGCCCUGCGUGCUGGCCCUGGUGCAGGGUGUGGGCCGCCUCGAGUGCCCGCCGGCCCCCGUCAACGGCACUCCUGGGCCUCCCCACUACUUCCCAGAGCGUUUUCCCGCCAGCACCUUCUUCUGGAUACUGGCUGCCCUCCUGGUCACGUCGGCCGCCGCCUUCCAGGGUCUCCUGCUGCUGUUGCCGUUACCACCGUCCACACCCACAGGGGGCCCGGGGCCCGGCCUGCAGGUGGGAGGAGCCCCAGGAGUGGAGGACGAGGAGGAGGCCUUGCCACUGCAGGAGCCACCUUUCCAGGUGGCGGCCAGCACCCCUGGCCCAGACCCGGAGGCCCAUCGGCUGCUCUCGGCCCGCAGUGUCUGCCUGCUGGGCCUGCUGGCCGUCACCAACGCGCUGACCAAUGGCGUGUUGCCUGCUGUGCAGAGCUUCUCCUGCCUGCCCUACGGACACCUGGCCUACCACCUGGCCGCAGUUCUGGGCAGUGCCGCCAACCCCCUCGCCUGCUUCCUGGCUAUGGGCGUGCUGUGCAGGUCCUUAGUAGGGCUGGGCGGUCUCUCUCUGUUGGGCAUGCUCUUUGGGGCCUACCUGAUGGCGCUGGCAGUCCUGAGCCCCUGCCCGCCCCUCGUGGGCACCCCUGCAGGGCUGGUGCUCGUGGUGCUGUCAUGGGUGCUGUUCACGGGACUGUUCUCAUACGUGAAGGUGGCCGCCAGCUCCCUGCUGCAUGGGGGCGGCCAGCGGGCACUGCUGGCCGCGGGCGUGGCCAUCCAGGCCGGCUCCCUGCUCGGAGCGGUCGCCAUGUUCCCUCCCACCAGCGUCUCCCACGUGUUCCGCAGCGGGAAGGACUGUGUGGAUCUCUGUGGGCCCUAAACCCGGGCAGGGGUGCAGGUUUCCCGCCAAAUCGUGUCCUUUGGGUGUUAGCUCAGCCCACCUGACCUGUCCAGUUGGGAUCCCGUGUCUUCCAGUCUGAGUUUUCAACCGUCCACACGUGACUCCCCACGAAGCUCCGUACAAACAGGGGUGUCUCGGUGGCCUCCACUCCUGACUCAGUCGAUCGCCUUACUGAUACCUUUCAUGUAGUCUUAGAUUUUCUGUGUGAUGCCUUAGGAUGAUUUCAUGUUGUAUGUCAUCAGUUUUUCAAUAAGUUUUCAUAAUUUUUUAAAACUAA